AAAAAAAAUCAGGCUCUAGUGGAGGUGCAGAGAACAAGGGCGGAACUGUUUUCAUUUAUUCCACUUAAAAAAAAAAAAACAAAUCCUGCGGUCGGUUCUCACCACUGAUUAUUUGUUUUAAUAAUUAGAAGUAUUUUGCAUCUCACGAAUGUGAAAGAAGAAGAGCAUUUCGAGGAGUUUUUGCAGUAAAAGGAUGUCAAUGAGGCCUCGCAACAGGGAAAUCUGCGCUGAUUGCAGCGCCUCUGAGCCUCGAUGGGCCUCGAUCAAUAGAGGAGUCCUUAUCUGUGACGAGUGCUGCAGCAUACACCGAGGUCUGGGUCGUCACAGCUCGCAGGUCCGCCACCUGUCUCACACGCCAUGGCCUGCGUCUCAGCUACAGAUGGUCCAGACUUUAUAUAACAAUGGGGCGAAUUCAAUCUGGGAGCACAGUCUUCUCGACCCUUCCUCGAUUAUGAGCGGAAAACGCAAAGCCAAUCCGCAGGACAGAGUGCAUCCUAACAAAACGGAGUUCAUAAAGGCCAAAUACCAGAUGUUGGCUUUUGUUCAUCGAAUGCCGUGUCGCGAGGACGACAGCGUGACUGCGAAGGAUCUGAGUAAACAACUCCACUCGAGUGUGCGGACCGGGAAUCUGGAGACGUGUCUCAGGCUGUUGUCUUUGGGAGCGCAGGCGAACUUUUUCCAUCCAGAGAAGGGGAACACUCCAUUACACGUGGCGGCUAAAGCGGGUCAGCUUCUCCAAGCCGAGCUCCUCACGGUGUACGGCGCAGACCCCGGCGCUCCAGAUAGCAGCGGAAACACACCCGUCGAUUACGCAAGACAAGCAGGGCAUCAGGAUCUGGCUGACAGGCUGGUGGAGAUCCAGUAUGAACUGACGGACAGAUUAGCCUUCUACCUGUGUGGAAGAAAACCAGAUCACAGAAAUGGACAACAUUUUAUAAUUCCUCAGAUAGCAGACAGCACUCUGGAUUUGACCGAAUUGGCUAAAGCUGCAAAAAAGAAACUCCAAUCACUCAGUAAUCAUCAGUUUGAAGAGCUGGCCAUGGAUGUUUACGAUGAGGUGGACAGAAGAGAGACCGAUGCAGUGUGGCUCGCGACUCAGAACCACAGCGCUCUGGUGACGGAAACCACAGUGGUUCCCUUUCUCCCAGUCAACCCUGAAUACUCGUCCACUAGGAACCAGGGUCGGCAGAAGCUGGCGAGGUUCAACGCUCAUGAGUUUGCUACACUCGUGAUAGACGUUUUAACCGACGCAAAGCGCCGCCAGCAAGGGAAUUCCCCGGAUGUCAAGGAUAACGUGGAGCUGAUUCUGAAAGAUAUCGGCAGGCGCCUCGGGAGCGAGAGCCAAGAGCCGGAACAGCCCGAUUACGACAGCGUGGCCUCUGAUGAAGACGCGGAACGAGAGCCGGGCUCUGGGAAAGACGAGAGGACCAAGAGCUCGGAGUCCUCCGACCUGUCCGACGGCCCCAUCACCGUGCAGGAGUUCAUGGAGGUGAAGAAUGCCUUGAAUGCAUCCGAGGCCAAGAUCCAGCAGCUGCUCAAGGUCAACUGCCACCUGAGCGAGGAGCUGAGGCACAUGCAGAGCAAGCUGAACUCCCUGCAGAACGAGAACAGCAAUCUGAAAUGGCAGGGCGCCAACAGCCUGGCGCACCCGCAGGAGCCGCAGCGACGGGCCCCGCCCCGCGGAGGCAGAGCCAUGUCCAUGUACGAGACGGGCUCGGGCAUGAAGCACUACCAUGCCAGAGCAGACGGUGCGCAUCCCGAGCCUGGCAGCCUCACCCUCCAGCCCCUUCCUCCUGGUAUUGGGAAGGGUCCCUCCAUGGGUGCCUCCUCCCUCCCCACCUUCCCUUCCACCCUGUCCUGGGCGUGGGACGAGCGAGCCCAAAGGCAGGGGUCCAGGGUGGAAGGAAAGAGCAGCACCUCCGAGAGCGACUACGAUAACACGCCCAACCAUGCCGAGCUGGACGACUCCAGGCCUAGAACCGGUGGCCGGCACGGAGAGGGAACCAUCCCCGAAUCGGGUGACUUCGAGUGCGAGACCGACUCGGCGCUGCCCUCCACCGAGGACGUCAUCAGUAAGACGGAGCAGAUCACCAAGAACAUCCAGGAGCUGCUGCGUGCCGCACAGGAGAACAAACAAGAGAGCUUCAUCCCGUGCUCGGAAAGAAUCCAUCUAGCUGUGACUGAAAUGGCCACGCUGUUUCCGAAGAGGCCGAGUUCGGAGAUGGUGCGUGGCUCCCUGCGGCUGCUGACUUCCAGCGCCAACCGACUGCAUGGCGAGUGCCAGCGAGCAGCACCGGCCGACUCCUGCCCCACCGACGCCCAGCUGGUCACGCAGCAGCUCAUCCAGUGCGCCUACGACAUCGCCAAGGCCGCCAAGCAGCUCGUCACCGUCACCACCAAAGAGAGCAACUGAGCCGCUCGCCUUUUACCGUCCUUUCCAUUUCAUCGGACGACGUCUCCCGUCGUCACUUUUGUGUUUUUACAGCAUCAGUAUUAAGAAACGUAUUUUUAUGUUGUAUUUUUAUUUAAAGGAAUUUGGUUCAUAGUGUCUGUUAAUCAAAUUUUAAGUUAUAACCUUGCCAUGGUAACAUGUUCAAAUCUACAGGCCGUUAGUUUUUUUGGUUUUUUUUGUCGAUCAGUCCGUGCUGCCGUUCUCUGGUAACGUGUCAAAUGGUCAUGUGACAGUGCAGUCUCUUAUUGUGAUGAAAAAAAAACCCAACCCAGUCAUACUUUGUGAAUAGUUAGUCCUUCCUGCGUGAAACACCACUUCAUCCCUCAUCCUGUGACUUAACAGAUGUACAGUAUCAGAAGUAUACACCGUUUUUACUUGUAAUGCUGAAGUCUAUAAAGCUGUAAUACCUCAUAUAUACAUAGUUGACUGCGCCAGGCCUCCUGUUACCAUGUUCCAGAGACCCCCGGGACGCUUUUUUUUGAUUUGACGUGAACCACAUUUUAUUUCAAAAACCCGCUUCGUUCGAGUACUCUGUUUUCAGCAAAUGCUUUCGCUGUCGUUUUCGCUCGCAUUUAUUUGUAAUUGUGCUUCGUGCAAUUAUGAAUGGAGAUCCAUCCAAAGGAUGUGUGUUCAGUUGCCUUGUGUCUCAGAAAUCCGUCAGCAGUUGCGCUUGUGAUUUUUUUUUUUUCUUUUUCUUUACGUGGUGCUAACAGUGUGUCCUCAUAUUCUUCAGUAUAUUGUAUAAUAUAUAAAUGCUGCUACGCUGUCUCCUACAUAUGCAACUAAUAAGGUGGUGUUGGCUCAGUCCCAUCUGCGUACAGGGAUAACAAAAACCAUGACGGUUUAGCUUCUGUGAAAACCUUGCCAUUGAAUAUAAUAAACCAGAAUUUAUAACGCA